GGUGGAAAGUGGUCGUUUCAGUGUCCCGGUGUGGUGUUGAGCCUUCGCUUUAUAGUAAUCUGUGUAUAAUCUCAUCUUUCCUAAUUGAAGUUGCUACUUCGUUCUCUUUCUCAGGCCAGCACAUUCUUAAGUAAAUAUUCCAACUUUAUGCCUACAUUUGGACGAUGGUGACAUUAUGUCUGAUCCAGAAUUCUCUCCUCCAAAGCAACGAAAUAAUUUACCUUUACAUAUAGACUGCAAUGAUCUUCAGUUUAAGGAGAGGGAGCCCAAAUGCGUGAAUUCCCUUUGCAAUUUGAUAAACACCAGAUUGAAGCUCCUGGAAAAUGAAAUUUUUGCUCAGCAUAGAGUUUGGGAAUACAUACAAAGAGAGGUGGACGAAGUUAAAUCUUUAAUUGAGGACUGUACGUCUACUUGUGACUCAUCUUCUUUAAGUGGUCAUGAAAAUGAAAGUGAAAUUGUGGAUUCAGCUCUUGAGAGUCAUAAAACCUGUAAUAGUUUACUUUGGGACAAAAUCAAACAAGCUGAAGAAAAUGUAGAAGAAAAGAAAUCAUUGAUGCAAAUUCUAAGUUCUGAUGUCCUGAAAUUAAAAGGUUCCAAGAAGAAAUGUAAAAGAAAGUUGGAAAAAGCCAGUUCAAAUAUUGACUUGAUACUUGAGGUCACGAAUGGUUUACAUGCUUUAAAAUGUGAUGAGUGCAAAUUUUGCAGUGAACACUUAGAUUUUAGAGAAGGACUUUUGUCUUCUGUUAUUGACUUAAUUCAUUUCAGUGAAAAAAAUUACAACCAUUGUGUUGAAGAAAAUAAAGCAUUGAAAUCAUGCCUCCAAAAAAUUUACUUAAAGACAAAACGAUGCCUUCUUCACAGCCAAAUUUAUGUGAAAAAUACCCACUUUCAGCAAUUAGCCUUUGAACCAGAUAAUAGCAAUUUUUGUACCGACAGUAUAUAUUCUAGUUUUGAAGAAUUUUGUCAACAUUUUCAAAAUCUUCAAGAAGAGUUGAUGCAACUUAAGCAUAUUUUAUUAGCUGCCGAAGAAAGCCAUCUUGAUGAAGUAUUUCAAAGCUCCCAUUCUUCUGACUGCAGAUGUUUCAGCCAUUCAAAGAAAAGAGAUUCUUGUUUAGAUAGUGAUUUUGAAGCAAAUGAAAUAAAAUUUACCAAAAAUAAUGAGAAGAAUCUUUGUUAUUAUGAAAAGAAAAUAAAAAGACUCAGUUGCUGUGAUGAACCAGAGAAUAUCGAUCCAGAUUCACUAUUUGAAUCAAAUCAAGUUUUUGGUACUGAAUCCAGUAUUGCAGACAAGCAGCUCACAAAUCUAAGGAACCGAAUAUUUGAAGCUGUGAGAGUCAUCCGUGAUGUUGAAGUGGAAGAAAAUGAUGAUGAAAAUUUAAUUAGUAUGGUUACUUCUUUAUCUGAGGAAUGUAGUGCUUUACGCCAAGAAGUUAGUUACUUAAGAAAUGUGCGCCAAGAGAAAAAACGUGCUUGGAAUAAACUGCAGUGUUUUAUCAUGGAUGCUGAGAGAAAACUAAAAGGAAGUAAUAGAAAUAUAUCUGCUCUACGGGAAGUUAUAAAAGAUUUGGGCCAUGUGAUAGCUACUUCUGAUUCUUCCUCUCUUGAUGAAACUAUUCUAUAUAUGUAUACCAAUCAGCUUGAAUGGAUUGAAAAGAUUUCGAUGGGAUGUGAAAGCCCUUCAUGUGAUGAUAAUACUUCUGGAAAUCUUGAAAAUGCACCUGUUUCCCAAAAUAUUAAAUCUGAAUAUGUAAAUGCUUCAACACAAACCUUAAAAGAGAUCCAAAAUCAAGAGCUGAGUGAAGCUGCAUUUAUAAAUGAUCGAAUAUUAUGUGAUAUGGCCAUUCAAACUGAAGAGUUUUCACACGAAUACAAUGAUAAGAGUACUGUUUCUUUUGAGUCUGUAUUUCAAGAAAUAAGCAGAGAAAUUUAUGUUGUUCCUGAAGUUUUGGAGGAAUCUGAUGUUUAUUCUAAUGGUCUUAAUGAAAUGAAAAAUGCCGAUGAAUCAAGCAUGUUAGAUAAUUCUAAAGAAUAUACUGAAGUGGAAAUCAAUUGCUCACCUGAAUGCCAAAAUAUAUACAAUGUUAAUACAUCUGACAAUCUCUCUGAAACAGAAUUAUCAUCCAGUAUUGUUCCAUUAUUUGGUAGUUUUUCUGGAAAAUUUGAUUCAUCAUCGAAAAAUAAUUUUAAUGAACUGAUAUUUCCCCCUUUUGAUAGAAAAUCAAAUUCAUCUUUGUUGAAGAAAUCAAAUAUUUCUUUAGUAUUUAGUGACUCUCAAUUUCCUGAUGUGCCUAGUAAUCAGAGUUGCAGUGAAAUAAACUUCUUGGGUGAUUCUGGCUCUUUUAUGAAUCUGUUUUUUAAUGCGAGUAUGGAUAUAGCAACUUUGUGCAGCAAUGUUUUUCAUAAUAUGCUCAAUGAAAAUGUCAAAUCUAUUGAAAUAUGUGACCAAGACAAUAACUGGAGUUGUGUUCUUAUGAAAUCAAAUACCUCUUCAUUGCCCUUUAUUUCCUCUGAUAAUUCUUUGCCUUGUUUGCCUCAUGAUGGUUUUAAUAUUGUAGAAUCACAUGAUAGCGAUUUUAUUGCAAGUGAAAUUUCUAGUGUUGAAAUUCUUGACAUUUCAAACCAAAAUAUAAACGUGCAGAAUGAUGAUACUCCUUUAACUAUUAUAUCUGAUUUUUUACUUUUGUCUUCCAUGCCAAAUGAAAAAGAACAGUUGCCAAAUAUAGAUAAUGAAGAUGCAACAAAUGCUGUGAAUACAAAUGAGGCCUGUUUUAAUGCAUCGAUGGCUGAAGUAACUGAUGGGGAUUUACGAGUUGAGGAGCAAGGUAAUUCUAAUGAAAAUGUAUCUUUACUUUCAAAUGAUGCUGAAGGAAAUUUUACGUCGGAGACUUGCACUAACGUAUCUGUGACUGAAAUUUGUGAUGUCGAUCAUCAAGGUGUAGAAGAAAAUGAUGCUGAUGAAAACAUAUCUUUGCAUUCAAAAAGUAAUGAAAGAAAUAUGGACUUAGAAACAUGUUCUAAUAUAUCUGUGGUUGAAGAUAGUAAUAUAAAUUCUCAAAUUAUUGAGCAAGACGAUUCUAAUGAAAAUAUUUCUUUACAUCCAAGCAAUGAUAAAGUUACUCUUAAUUCAGAGGAUUGUUCUGAUACACCUAUGGAUGAAACUUUUGAUGUGGAUUCGCGAGAUGUAGAAGAGGAUAAUUCGAAUGAAAAUGUACCUAUGGAUGAAAUUUAUGAUGUGGAUUCGCAAGAUGUAGAAGAGGAUAAUUCGAAUGAAAAUGUGUCUUUGAAUUCGAAUGCUGAAGAAAAAAAUUUUACUUUAGAACGAAGUGGAACGUUUGUUUGCGAGAAACCUAUUUCCGCCUGUCGGGAAGGUACUUUCAUUAUAGAUUCGGGUGAUAAACUGACUUCUGAUAAAUCAAACAUUUCUGAAGAGAGUUUAUGCCAUACUGCUAUAUUAACUGCUGUCGUAUCAAACGAAACUCAUAAAUCAGGAAAGAAUUAUGUUUUGUAUGAAGUUUGUAAUCCUGUAAAAAAUCACAUGUUGCUACUUCAAACGAUCGAUCCAUAUCUUGUGUCAAAUUUUGAUGAACAACAACUCUCUGGAAGACAUUUUAUGCUGUGCGAAGCUAUUGCCAAUGAUGAUAAUACCAACUCACAAACUUUUAUUCCUAAAGCUUCUUGUUAUGUUGUAUUCUUUAAAUCAAAUCUGAAAAAUGAAGAUAAUGCAUUAACUGAUGAUAAUACUGAAAAUAUUUCAGGGUUUUACCCUCUUUUACCUCAGUAUUUGCCCUCAGAAAAUAUUACUUUUCAUAAUUUCGAUCAAUUUUCUCUUGCUCAGAGCUGUGAAAUUUAUAUGUGCAAUGAAAACAGAUGUAAAUUUGAAAAUGACCCUGAAGGUACUGCAUUUAUUCCAAAGAAUUUUUUCAAAUUUAAAGAAUUAUUUCCUACUGAACAUGAUGAAAGUAAUUUUCUCUCAGAUGAUAGUGGAUUAGGCCAAACUGUAUAUAAACAGAAUUUACUUCCAACAUUUUCAGGGUCAUUUGAAGAAAACUGUGAUGUAAAUCUGAAUGUUGUGAAGGCUAACCAUGAAAAAGAUCUUAGUGAAAUAACUAAUGUAGCUACUUUUAUAGAAUCGUUCUCUGAUUACUGUGAAACUGGAACUCAGACUGAAGAAUCUUAUGAUUUAUCCUCAAAAGAUGCAAGCUCUGUGGAAAGAUUUUCUGAUAAAAUUCAAGAACCUGAACUCGAAGCCACGGAAGAUAUUAUUGCUGAAGUCGAAUCUCAACUGAUAAAUAAAACAUCUAUUGAAUCUAAUGAUAAAUUCGAAUUGCAUGCAAAUCAUAGUCAAUCUUCUCAAGAGCAAGUGCUAAGGGAAACAAGCUUAUUAGAUGAAAUAGAAGCUUUAAAGGACAAUUUAAAUCAACAAAAUGCUGUUCUUCUGAGGCUUAAAGAAGAAUUAGAAGAAUCAAAUUACAGGCUAGCUGAAAAAGAGCAACUUCUGGUAAUACUUCAGUUGGAACAUAGUCGUCUUAAUUCAUUAUUAAAUGAAAAUGGAAUUAAAGAAAUUGAAGAGAAGGAAUGCCAGACAGAUUUUGGAGAUAUGGAUUCUGAAGCUCUAAAGAAAGAAGUUUAUGACUUAAGGCAAAAGAAUUUACAACAUUAUGAAAAAAUAGCACAUCAAUUUAAUACUAUCCAAUCCGUUAAAUCACAACUAUCAACCACAAUAUCACAUUUAAAGCAUUUGAAAGAUGCUGCCACAAAACAGCUGAAAAAACAAAAGCAUCAAAGUCUUAAAUCUCUGAAGUUGAAACAGCAAUUGCAUGACACAAAAGUUGAGCUUGAAAAAAAGUGCCUGGAACUUGAAAAGAAAAAUGAAAAAAUAUCUGACCAAGAAUUUCAAAUUAAUGAAAUGCUUACCUUUUUAAAUACAAGUAAUGAUAAACUCAGUGAAAAAGGGAAUGACUCAAAUGAAUCUCUAUCGAACUUUAGAAAAGUUGACUGUGGAUGUCAGACAGAUGAAAUUGGAAUGUCUAAUUCUGCUAUCCAGAAAGAAGCUUAUUCUCAAAAUCAACAGUGUGACAUGAUACUGAAGAAGCAUUCUGAAGAAUUGCAAACUUUACAAGCAAAGUUUCACCAUUUAGAAUCUGUCUUGUCAAGCAAGAAAGAACAUAGAAUUUCUACUGAUGAAAGUGCAAAAUCCAGUAAUGAUAUGAAAUCAUCUUAUGUUAAAGAAGGAAAUAUAUGGAAACUUCUGACUGUUAGUGAACAAACAUAUUUAAGCCUUCUUAACAAAUUAGCAGAAACAUUACAGAUAUCAGAUUUGAAAGGAUCGUCUGCAUUAAUGCAUUGUUCUUGGCUGAAUUGUGAUGAUCUAGCUGAUGCAAGGCGGCAAGAUCACAAGAAAAUCUUACAAAGUCUGGAAAAAAUGAAGAAGAGUAUUCGAUAUUUGCAAGAAACUGUAAACCUUGAACCUAAAAGACAGAAUGUUGAAAAUAUGUCAACUGAUGAAAGGAAGCCAAAUACUCUGUGUCAUUCUGAAGAAAUACAUUAUCAGUAUCUAUGUGAUGUUCUUCAAAAAGCACAAGAAAAUUUAAUCAAAGAAUAUUCUCAAAAACGAUCAUCUCAUCGAACAGUGGUGACUGCUGGAUCAGGAAGGAUCAGUCGACAUGCAGCUUCACGAGAAAGACGAGUUCCGUUGGAGUUGAAAAAUGGAAAGAUUUUAGCUCUUUUAGAUGAUAAACUGAGCCACAAGGAGCUUUUACCAAGUAAAUUUGAUUAUAACAAAGUGGAAUGCAAAGGUGGUAGUUCAUCAUCAAAAUCGAAAACUCCUACAUAAAUGUUAUUCCUCUCUCAGAAUUUAAGCCUGUGAUUUCUUACAUAUAACUUUUACAUAGUCGAAUUGUUUAUGCCUUUCGUUUUAUGCUUUUAAAUUUCUAAUACCAUUGUCUUUACAAAAGAGCUUAAUAUGUAUAAAUGUACAAAUGAAGUGUCAUUGAAUCAUUUGU